AUGUCAAUGCCAAUAUCAACAGGUAAUAAAGUAUCUUUCACCGAUUUCAUAACUAGGAAAUGUAAAGAACAACCAUUCGUACCGAUAGGAUGCCUUGCUACUGUCGGUGCACUUUUGGGUGCUACAUAUCAUUUACGAAAAGGAAAUAGGAAUAAAUUCAAUCAAUUCCUACGAUUACGUGUUUAUGCUCAAGGAGCAACAGUGAUAGCGUUGAUGAUUUAUGGUGGAGUAGCUUUCACAAAUGAUCAACAACAAGCUAAUUAUAUUAAAAACCGAAUUGCUCUUGGAGAAAUACCUAAAGAUACAUAUUAUCCUGGACGAACUGAUGUCCCUCGACCACCUAAAUCAUCAUCUUCUUCUUCUUCUUCAUCAUCAUCAUCAUCAUCAUCAUCAUUCAAUUAUCCAGAACCAACAAUUCGAGCAGCACCACCUAAAGAAGCAACUGAUAUACCCACUUCAUUACCUGAGUCAUUAUCAACAGCAGUAGAUGCUCCUCCAUCUCUAUCACGAGAAGCUCCUACAGGUACAGCCGGCUCUUAUCCAUUAAGGAAAGAAGAAAGGAUGAAAGUGUCAGAUUUCGCAAAGAGAUUGAGAGAAGCAGAACAAUUACAUAAAGAGGAAGAAGCCAUCAAGAAAUCAAAAGAAUAA